UGAUUCUUUCAGACAAAUAAUUGUACUAUGUUGAUUAAAGACCAACAACAACCAUCUUUUCAACAAAAAAAAAAGACUAACAACAACCAUUGAUUUUGUAUCCUUGUUUUUUCUUCAUGAAUUUGCAUUAAGACUCGUCUGUUUGUGAGAGCAAUGGAAUGGAGGCAUACCUUGAAGCAUGAAAUUCUGCCAUUCACCGCCAUGGUUACAGUGGAGUGCAUCUUUGUUAGUCUAAACUUCUUCUUUACAGCAGCUACCUCAAGGGGGUUAAGCUACUAUGUCUUUAUUGCCUACUCUUAUGCAGUUGCUACUCUUCUUCUCUUUCCUCUACCUUUCAUAUUUCACAGGACCGGGCUUCCUCCAUUCAAGCUCACACUUCUCUUUAAAGUUUUCCUCCUUGGACUGAUUGAGUGUUUGGGUAAAUUAUGUCUAUGUAAAGGUAUUGAAUACAGCUCACCGGCUCUUGCUUCGUCUAUUAGCAACCUCACUCCAGCUUUUGUCUUCAUACUUGCUGUAAUAUUCAGGAUGGAAAUGCUAAAUUCCAGAAGCAGCAGCAGUCGAGCCAAAGUUAUGGGCACUUUACUAUCAAUAUCAGGUGCAUUGGUGGUGGUUCUCUAUAAGGGUCCAACUAUGCUAUCCACCACAGCAGAAAAAAAUUGGGUGAAAGGUGGCCUAAUACUCGGUUUAGGAUACCUUCUAUUCUCACCCGGGUCUAUCCUUCAGGCAAAUAUCAUGAAGACGACGAACACAAAUGAGCUUGUCCUGGCCUUCUUAAACAACCUGUGUGGGACAAUUAUAUCAGUACCCCUAUGUUUAUUAGAAGAAAAAGAAUCGAGUGCCUGGAUAGUGAGGCCUGGUAUACCAUUGCUUGCCAUUUUAUACUCGGGAGCUUUCGGUUCAUCCCUCAACGUUCUAGUUCACAUCUGGGGCGUAAAUGUGAAGGGUCCUGUUUAUGUAUCAAGCUUCAAGCCAUUGUCCAUUCCAAUUGCUGCUGCUUCCGGUGUCAUUUUCCUUGGUGACGAUCUCCAUCUUGGCAGUGUUGUUGGAGCUGUUAUGCUAUCCAUAGGAUUUUUUGCAGUACUAUGGGCAAAGGCAGAGGAAGAAGAAAUGAGUCAAGACCAUGAAUUUGAUAGAUUGAGAGGGUUGCCUAGUGCCCUUGGUAAGACACCUCUGUUGGAAAGCUACAAAGAAGAAAACAAAUAGCCUUAUACGUAUACAAAGUAGAAAAACAAAUAGCCUUAUAUGAAUACUAGCUAGCUAAUUAAAGAUUGUUCAUUAUUUACAUCAAAAGUCAUGUAUUAAUCAGCUGGAACUUCCCUAUCUGCCUCUGAAGUUACUAGU